AUGGCGCGUUACUUCUCUUUUCCAUUACUUUUGAUGGCUCUGCUGAUGAUUAGUACGAUGAUUCCGAGCGCUUCUAGCAAGAAAACAAGCGUGGACAAGAAGAAACCCUCUGUCAAAAAGGUCAAAUUACUCAGGCCCAACGGGACGAGCGCGAAAGCCGGAUCAUCACGUGUCAGAAGAUUUCACUUCUGGCCCUUCCCAUCAAAAUGUGGAGAAAAACAACCUUGGCGUCCACAUCCACCUGGAUAA